AUGUCGGAACCCGACCGCUCCAGCGCGGCCGACCGGCGUGGCCAGUCAUCUGCCAAGUCUCGUCAGUUCGAAGUGGCCGCCGACGAGUACCAGGCGCCCUUCCAGCUUCCUGCCAAGAAGAUAGCAGCGCAGCCGACCGACAAUGCUGAUGCUCAGCACACCGCCGCCGAAGCUUUCGCCUCCUCUCCGUACUUCGAUGAGCAGGAGGCGCGCGAGGCUUUCGAAUGGGCUCAGGCCCAGCGCGAGGCUGGCAUUGAUGGAGACGCUGGCGCAGAUGCUGGCACUGCAGCCUCGGGCGGCGUCGAGAUCGGCCGUAGACGCCGUCGCGAUAGUCAGGUAGGCAGCUACGACGAGGGCGGCAGCAUCUUUGACGGCCCUGGCGCCGGCGCCGUGCCCAGCUCCGUGAGCAGCAUGCGCCACGAAAUGGCCAGGCCCGAGCUCGGCCGUCGUACCUCGCGCAGCUCCCGCCGUCGUAUCUCCAUGGAAGGUCGAUCGCCGCGUCGCACCCGCAAGCUCUCCUCCGCCUCUGCCCAGAGCGAUGCCGUGACCACCUCGAGCGAGCGCAGCGUCUCUCCCGACUCGGUCGCGGGUCGACGCAAGCCCGCCAGCCAGCGCAGCGGUAGCGCCUACCGCUUCGGCCGUAGAAAGCGUCUUUCCGUAGAUGCCGACCUCUCCUCUUCGAGCCAGCCAAAGGGCAUGCUCGGCUCCAUCCUCGCCUCCAUCCGCGGCGACCGCGCCGAUGACGACAACGAAGACGCCCGAAGCCGUCGCUCCUUCUCCCGCCCACUCCUCUCGCGCAGACGUUCAUCAGGUUCGGUCGUCUCGAGCCGAGGUGGCAGAUCGGACGCUGGCCACGAUGACGAUGACGAGGACGACGAUGAUCGCGACGAUAGAGGCUGGAGCGACGACGACUAUGGAUUCGACGAUGAGGAGGAAGACGACGAGUCCUUCAACACCUCGGAUGAGGACGAGACUCCCGAUCGCAGCGGUCUGCUCCCUUCUGCUUUCGGCACGCUCAGCGGUGCCGUCGACCCGGUCUUUGGCGACACGCGCUUCUCCACCGACCACCCGCCCGAAGACGAGUUGGAUGCCGAACUCGCCGGGCGCGACCUUGAGACCGGCGACGCCUCCGGCUUUGGUCGAUCCGAUGCCGAUGUCAGGCCCAGUGCCCGCGACCAAGGUCGCAGCGUCAGCGCAGCCGAGGCCAAGAGGGAGAUCAGCUUCUUAGACAAGUCGUCCAGGAGCCGCCAGCAGGUCUACCUCGCGGAAGAAGAUACCACCAUCCGCUUCACUGGAUACCGCACCGUGGUGGUCAACCAGAUCAUGUACUCGGUCGUUUGCUUCCUCACCAUCGGUAUCGUCUAUCUCAUCGGUCGCUGGCUGCCCCGCUUCCGCCUUAAGUACGUCUGCAAGGAGACCGACUUUGAAAGCGCCGAAUUCAUCAUGAUCGAGAAUCAGUGGGGCGACCUGCACAAGGAACGACUCUCCACCAUCCCCUUUGCGCGCCCGCUUGCCACUGUCUUCCCACACUCGUCGCGCGAGCCUCCCGCCACCCAGGCCGAGUCCCAGUCGGCACCCACCAUCAACCUCCCUCCCGAGCUCGUCAGCAAGAGCAACGCACCCUCCAAGAACGCGUCGGCAAAGAGCAGCAUCGUCAACGGCGGCACUGCCACGCCCAACCUGAAUGGCAACGGCACAUCCGCACAGGAAACAGGAGGUCUGCCCAUGUUGUCCGGCGUGCAGACCGAACAGCUCAUGGAACUCACCUUCUUCGACUACCGUUACACACGCUUUGCACUGCAUCCGCCGACCGGGCGACUGCGCAUGGUCAAGGACUGGCGCGACCCGCUCUGGACCUCGCUCGGCGCCAUCAACAAUGGCAUCAGCCACGACGCUGAGAAGGACCGCACCACCAUCUUUGGUCAGAACGUCAUCGAGAUCAAGGCCAAGUCCACAUGGCAGCUGCUGGUCGACGAGGUGCUGCAUCCGUUCUACAUGUUCCAGAUCGUGUCGAUCAUCCUGUGGUCGUUUGACAACUAUUACUACUACGCCUUCUGCAUCGCCGUCAUCUCGCUCGCCUCCAUCUUCACCACGCUCCUCGAGACGCGCCAGACGGUCAACCGGAUGCGCGAGAUGAGCCGCUUCACCUGCGACGUGCGCGUGCUCCGCGAGGACAGCUGGCAGGUGCUCGACUCGAGCGCGCUUGUCCCCGGUGACGUGUACGACGUGGCCGAGUCCGGGCUGCUCCUCUUCCCAGCGGACAGCGUGCUGCUCAGCGGCGAUGCGAUUGUCAACGAAAGCAUGCUCACCGGCGAGAGUGUGCCCGUCAGCAAGGUCCCGCUCACCACGCAGAGCAUGGUCGGUCUCCACGCUGCAGGCACCGAAGUGACGCCCGACCUCGCCAAGCACUUCUUGUUCUCGGGCACGCGCAUCAUCCGCAUCCGUGGCAGCGUCGCGACGGACAAGGGCGACGCGGGCGCCAAGGCUAUGGUGGUGCGCACGGGCUUCAACACCACCAAGGGUGCACUCGUGCGCAGCAUGCUCUUCCCCAAACCCAUGGGCUUCAAGUUCUACCGCGACUCGUUCCGCUUCAUCGGCUUCCUCGCUGCCACUGCCGGCAUCGGCUUCACCUUCGCUGCGGUCAACUUUGUCAAGAUCGGCAUUGCGUGGCAUACGAUCGUCAUCCGCGCGCUCGAUCUGGUGACGGUGGUGGUGCCGCCUGCGCUGCCCGCGACCAUGUCCAUCGGUAUUUCGUUUGCUAUCAAUCGGCUGCGCAAGCUCGGCAUCUUCUGCAUCUCGCCCAACCGCGUCAUCAUCGGCGGCAAGGUCAACGUCUUCUGCUUCGACAAGACGGGCACGCUCACGGCGGAUGGACUCGACGUGCUCGGCACGCGCACCAUCGACGUCAAGGCCGGCCGUUUCAGCGAGCUGCACGAGACGGUCGACGAGAUGCCCGUGGGCGCGGGCGCCAAGAGCGACGCCGAUGCGCGCAAGAUGCCGCUGCUGUAUGCGCUCGCCACGUGCCACUCGCUCAAGGUGGUCGACGGCGAGGUGAUCGGCGACCCGCUCGAUGUCAAGAUGUUCGAGUACACCGGCUGGACGCUCGACGAGGGCAAGGAGCGCGCGGCCAAGGCGACCACCAAGAGUGGCACCGCCAAGAACGGCAAGUCCAAGCUCACCGAGCGCCCGCCUGCGCUCGUCCAGACCGUUGUGCGUCCGCCGGGCGGGCAGGCGUUUGAGGUGGAGGACGCGAUCAAGUCGGGCAGGCAUGCGCACUUCCUCGAGCUAGGUGUGCUGCGCACGUUCGAGUUUGUCUCGUCGCUGCGCCGCAUGAGCGUGAUCGUAAAGCGGCUCAAGUCGCCGUCGAUGGAGGUGUUUGUCAAGGGCGCGCCCGAGGUGAUGGCGGACAUCUGCGACAAGGACACGUUCCCGGCCGACUACGACGACCUGCUCUCGUACUACACCAAGCACGGCUACCGCGUGAUUGCGUGUGCCGGCAAGUCGAUGGCGGGCAUGAGCUGGAUCAAGGCGCAGCGCAUGCGCCGCGAGCACGCCGAGAGCGGACUGCGCUUCCUGGGCCUCAUCAUCUUUGAGAACAAGCUCAAGGAGGGCACGGCGCCGGCGAUCGACGUGCUGCGCCAGGCCAACAUCAUCACCAAGAUGGUCACGGGUGACAAUCCGCGUACGGCGAUCAGUGUGGCGCGCGAGUGCGGCAUGGUGGGACCGUCGGCGCACGUGUUUAUGCCGACGUUUGUGCACGGUGGCGAGCGGGAUGCGCGCGCGGUGAUCGACUGGUCGAGCGUCGACGACGACCGCAUCAAGCUCGACGCGUACCGGCUGCAGCCGCGCGAGGUGGAUCCGCACGUGCUCGAUCUGGAGGAGUUUGACUUCCACGACUACCAGCUCGCGCUGACCGGCGACGUGUUCCGCUGGAUGGUCGACUUUGCGCCCGUCGAGACGCUGCGACGCAUGCUCAUCAAGGGCACCAUCUUUGCACGCAUGUCGCCCGACGAAAAGCACGAGCUUAUCGAACGCCUCCAGGCGCUCGGCUACACGGUGGGCAUGUGCGGUGACGGUGCCAACGACUGCGGUGCACUCAAGGCUGCCGAUAUCGGCAUUUCGCUCAGCGAGGCCGAAGCGUCGGUCGCCGCGCCGUUUACGUCCAAUCGCGGCGAUAUUGGCUGUGUCAUUGACACGAUCAAGGAGGGUAGGGCGGCGCUGGUGACGAGCUUCGGCUGUUUCAGCUACAUUUGCCUCACGUCGCUGCUGCAGUUCUGCUCGGUGUUGCUUCUGUAUUCGUUUGGUGGCUCGCUGGGCGACGGCCAGUUCUUGGCCGUCGACUUUGGCGUGCUGACACUCAGUGUGUUCAGUGCGCGCACAGGGCCGUACUGA